AUCCGCAGGCAUGUUCUGGAGAGUUCUUUUUUAUCUGUACUCGCUGAUUGCUUGCCUCCUGUCACACGUGUGCUUCUAAAGUUGCUGAGACUAUAAAUUGAUGUGUGUAUGUGUGUGUGUUCAACACAGUCAGAGCCAACAUGAAGACAUCCACAGUUUUGGUUCUGCUGGCUUUGAUGGCCUGCACUCUGUCUUCUACUACAGGAUUAGAAAAACCUGGAGCUUGUCCCACAUUGCCCCCAAAUAGUGCUGGAAUUUGUAUUGAGAAAUGCUCUGGAGAUGAUUCCUGCCCUGAUAAAUUGAAGUGCUGCAGCAAUGGGUGUGGUCAUGUCUGCAAAUCUCCUGCUUCCUAGACGGAUGACAGAUGGUGGAAAGAUGGAUUCGAUACCCAUAAGCAUGAAUGCUAACCACCUCUGGAAGAUUUUUUUCUGAAUCCACGGAAUCCACGCCUGCUACUUUCUUGCCCUAGAAUUGCACCCUUAGAAGAUGAAAACCUAUUCAUGUUGUGACUGCUUUCUAUUCUUUGUCCCCAAAAUAAAUAAUCCUUAGCAUUG